AUGGUAGCCGCCGAGAUGGAUGCACUGAGUCGGAAGCGCAGCGAGUCCACGGACGACCCGAUGGCAGCGGACAUGAUGCUGACGGUGGAAAGCAGUGCUAGAAUACUCCAUUCUUACCCGCCCAGUGCUGCUGAGGCUCUGAGCGCCGCAUACGAAUUUGCAAACGCGAUUCGUCAAUUGAAACCCCACCAAGAGCCGCAGGUCGCAGACCUAGAUGUAUUCACACCUUUGGUUCAGCUUUGUGUCAGCGAGAGGGACAGCAAAGACAUUCUCUUGGAUCUCCUGGCAACAACAUUCGCGUACUGUUCUGUGCAUCGGACACUAGCGAAACUAGUGCGUGUUUUCGUUAGCAGAAGCUUGCACAAUCAGCCUGUCGCGUCGCAGUUACGCGAGCUAUGCGGAAGCUUCGCAACAGACUACAAGCCUGGAUUUUACUCCGUAAUCUCUAAACUCGAAUGCUACGACCGCCUCGAUGCAAGCGUGUUCAGAGAAUUACAACUUAAUUUGGGACCAACCAUGAGAAUGACAUGGAUUCCAUUAUGGACACAAGAAACGGGGAUUGAUCUGUACAGCGCGGUACUUUCCCAUAACCUCCUAGUUUCCACCAGUGCGGAGCCAAAACUGGACUUUUUGAUCGCGUCUUGGGCGCACGCAACAACUGAAUGGGUCGGCUUGAAAGACCGUAGCAAUGAGGCAUUAAAAUCUUUCAUCUACCAAACUGCUCGGCGAACUAUCUUGUUCGCUAAAUGGAUCCCUGGCGGGUUUUUCAAGUUCUGCCAGCAAGCCAUAGCAGAGUGGAUUGAAAGUGAUUGCCUCCUGAAAACAGAAACUGAUGUCUCUUUCAGCUUGUCUGUUGUUAUGGAGGUAUUGGAUCAUCCAGACUUGAAUUUUCUCGAAGAACCGCAUCUUGCGCUGCUCUUGAAAGUCGCACUUCGCCGCAUUUGGCACAUGUGCUCUGAGGGUCAGGUUCAAACCCUGCAUUUUGAACUAGGGAAAAUGGGCGCCACACAAAGUCUCCCUGGUCUCCUCAAUAUCACUCAAUACUUGACCGCCCGAUUUCUUUUGAGAGUUGGAAGCCUAGCGAUGAGCGCUCGAAACUACAAUAGCAAUAAAGAGUGGAUGCUUCAAGAAACUUCGUACCAGCUACCCAGUUUCUUUGAUGAUAUUGUACCCACAAUUCCGCCGAUACCAAGAUCAACUUUCAGCUUUGUCAACAAUACGAUUGAAUCCGAACUGCUAGCAAAUAGGCAUCUUGAAACUGUCUCCUCUUUGCUUGACUCCUUGAAAUGCGUCCUCUCAAUCAACAAAAUGGUACUAAGGCACUACAAUGCAAGCGAGAUCCAGGUUCUCGCGCUUAAAUCGAGCAAUCCUCAGAAAGAUACCACAAUUGACAAUAGGUCAUCGUUGGAAGUCUUGCAACUGUACUUCAUUUCUAUGACCUCUGCUUUGCUCUUGUCGAGGCAGCUGACCGAGGAACAGUAUUUGAUGGUUGCGGAAGGUCAAUAUGAAUACACUAUCCAAGGCAGAUUGAUUAGAAGGGAGGCCUUGGCAUGUUUUGAGACCCUUAUUGGCACCUUUAAGGGAAUUUCUCUUUUUCAACUCGUGAAGUUUUCGGCCCGGGUUUCCAUGGCUGAGCUUUCUCUUCAAAAGGUAUCUAUGCAAACCCUCAACUUUGUUUUUUUCGAGGCUAGCUUUUCCGUUACCCAGGUACCUUCACUCACUAAUAAAUUGACUGUUCAAUCACUGUAUGAAUAUAUUAAUCUGUGGAACGAUGGAUCUCCGAUAUUCCGUCCGUUUUACACUGAAAUGUUCCGUGUUCCUCAGCCUUUGGUGAAAUGCGUUCAGGUUGAGUUGGAACGGUUCCUUUGUUUGCUGACAUUUGAGGUCAAGAAGGACUCGAGUGCACCCACGCCAACAACAAGUAGAGGAACUGAAUCCAAAAAUAACGGAUAUGUUCCAAAGUAUAAUGCGCAUGCAUCUUCCUUUAUUCCCGCGUCGAAAGCAGGUAGCAAGCCUUCGAUGGACAUUGAGAAAAGCUUUGGUACGCAAGCCAGCAACCAGUUAAUACCUUUGUCUGCAGACUUUCCAAGGCAACUCAGCAUCUGUCAUGAACGGACUGAAGAUGCGGGCAGUGCGUUUGCUGCGCAGAGGUACUCUGGCAGUGCUGACUCCACGACUCCAGGUAGCGCUCAAGCACCUAGCCCAUUCUCUGCCAGGAGAUGGGACUCAAAUUGCUUUUCACAAGGCCUUAAUAAUUCACCGGAGACAAGUUCUGCUGUUGUAAGUACGGGGAAGGACUACAUUCUUGGAGGGCAUAAUAAGGCAACCAAUAACAGCAGAGCACAAUCAGUACACGUAGAUAGGUUUGAUUAUGUGCGGCAAUGA